CGGCACGGCACGGCACGGCACCCGCUGCCCCGCCGCGCGGUCUGCCUGCACUCCCCCGCCAUGGAGCAGGGGGCGGUGGGGGGCUCUGCCGCUGCCACCGCCGGCACCGGGGGUCUGCUCCUGCCGCUGAGCGAGAGCGAGCAGCAGCGCUACUCCGAGCUCUUCUCGCGGUGCUGCCCGCCCCCCGAGGCGGCCGCCGGGGGCAGCAGCGUGGGCGAGCUGUUCCGGGCCUCCCAGCUGCCCCCCGACACGCUGCACCAGAUUACAGAAGUUUGUGGAGCCAAGCGCGUGGGUUAUUUUGGUCCUGCUCAAUUUUAUAUUGCUUUGAAGUUAAUUGCGGCAGCGCAGUCAGGGUUCCCAGUACGGAUUGAGAGCAUUAAGAAUGAAUUGCCUCUGCCGCGGUUUAUGGCACUGACAAAUGACGGUGAAGUACGUUACGGGACUCCAGCAGAACUCCAUGGAGUUAAAUUUCAGGUUCCACAUGCAACUUUGGAAAAAAAUUCCUACAAAAGAACAGAUGAAGGGGACAAACAGGAACCCAAGUCUCCUCCGAUGUCUCCAAUCUGCUCGCCUCCUGCUUCUCCAUCUACGUACCAGAGAAUACCCCUAAGUUAUGGAUAUGGUAAAUCUAGAAGUGGGCUGGAACAGCAGCAUGGAGCUCCUUAUGAAGUCAGACACCCUACUCACCAGCAAGAUGGAUCAUCAUCAGGGAAUUAUGGAGCCAAACCUGCACUCGCCUGUUCAACUCUUAAUCGGUCUCUUUCAGCGGAGCGGGAGCAGCAGGACAGCAGCGCCCACUACUCGGAUGAUCCUUGGAGGAUAACGGAGGAGCAGCGAGACUACUACGUCAACCAGUUCAGGUCCCUGCAGCCUGACCUGAAUUCCUUUAUUUCAGGUUCCAUGGCAAAGAAUUUCUUCACAAAAUCAAAGCUGCCCAUCCCAGAGCUUUCUCACAUCUGGGAGCUGAGCGACGUGGAUUGUGACGGGGCGCUGACGCUCCCAGAGUUCUGUGCCGCUUUCCACCUCGUGGUUGCAAGGAAGAAUGGUUACCAGCUGCCGGAGACGCUGCCGGAGACGCUGCUGCCCGAGUACCUUCAAGCAGCUUCUUUGAAGCCCAUGCGUGACUGCGCACUAUUUGAUUCUUAUUCUGAGUCGUUGCCAGGCGGUCAGCAGACUCGGGACUUCAGUCGGACGGAGAAGAAAUCAGCUGAAGAAGUACCUGAUAACUCUGCCCUGUUACAAGAUGGAAAGAAAGAUGACAAACAAGCUCUUAAAGUAAGCACUGCUCUCAAAACGAUACCAAAGGAAUUUCAGCACUUGACUGUGAAAACAGCUGCUCAGGAAUCUAAUGCACUUAAAGCAAGACCACGAUCCAGGUCUUAUUCUAGCACAUCAAUAGAAGAUGCCAUGAAAAAGGGAGAAGAGCCCCCUACUCCACCUCCGAGGCCACAGAAAUCACAUUCCAGAGCUUCCUCUUUGGAUCUGAACAAAAUAUUUCAACAGAACACACAAGCUGUGAGGUCUGGCUGGCUGCCCCCACCACCGCCUGCACUGCCCCCUCGACCUUCUGUAUCUCAGACAGAGCAACCGUCUGAGGUUGAAUUACAUCCUCAGAUGAAUAGACCCCCGUCGCAGGCAGAAGAAAACAGUUCAGCAAAAAAGGAGGUUGUUCUCUCUCAGCCGCCCUCCAAACCCACCCGCAGGAAGCUCCGGACAGAGACGCAGGGGCUGGAGACCCCCGAGCUUUCUCCCACUAUAAAUGUGACUUCUUCCCUGCCAGCAGUCAAGCCUCACCUCCCAGUCCAAAAACAGUCUUCCAAGCAGAAAAGGGCUAUUCAGACCGCUAUACGGAAAAACAAAGAAACCAAUGCUGUGCUCGCCAGGUUGAACAGUGAGCUCCAGCAGCAGCUGAAGGAGGUUCACAAGGAACGAAUUGCCUUGGAAACGCAGCUGGAGCAGCUACGUCCCGUCACCGUCUUGUGACCUCCCACACCGCCGGGCAAGAGCGGAGCCUGCUUCCCAACGGCCUUGCAAGGAGAGAAGCACAGCGCGGCUGAUCAGGGUUCCUUGCCAAGGUGGUGGCGGCGGGGAGGACCCACUUGUCGGGUCUCCCUUCACCCCGCUGCGCGCAUUUGCCUUUGCAGGUGAAGAAGGUACAGAAAACAAAUGUCUGACUGCUGGAUAUUUCUGAGCGGGGGAGAUGCUUCGCCUUUUUUUUCCUCUCCUUCUUCCCAGUCUAAUGUGUAAAUGCAGUUUAUCACUGAAAUGAAUAACCUGAGACUAUUUUAUUUAUGUAAAGAAUUCCUGAUUUAUACACGUUCUGGCAGGACAUCCUGCCCCGAUCAUUAAGAGGUACAGCAUUCCUGAAUUCUUGCUUAAAUUUAAAACUUAUCCUCUGAGAUGAGCUUCUGGAUGUUACUGAUUCCUGAAGGAUUGUAUCAUGGUAGAGUACCUGUGGGUUUAAUGUACUACAGGAAUAAAACUCACUAGGCAUACAGUCUUUAUCUGCAGUCACAUGUCAGAUAAUUAUUUUCUUAGUACUGUUUAUUAUGCAAUCACGGAUGUAUUUUAAUGCUAGAGAACUUUUUAUAAGUUCAAAUCAUAUGAGAGAACAGUAAAAAAUACUAAAAUUUAAUUAUUUUGGAAAUUACAAAAAAAAUUACCUGUUUUUUGAGCUGUAACUGUUUCCUCUCACCAGUGUUUGAUCACUUGCUUGCAACUGCCAGUGUCUCUGCGUACUUGUAGCAUGUUUGAGAUCACUGGCUUAUAGCUUUUUUGUCGUCUUUUAAUUUUUUUUUUUUUUUAACCACCAGUGUAUUUCUAACAAGAGGUUAAAAAUGCUUUCGGGGCAUUUUUAUAAAAGCUGUUCUAUGUACAUUUGUAUUACUCUGCUUUGUUGUCUUAAUAGCUGCUGAUUUGCUUUAAGGAUGUGUACAAGAACUGUAUUUCCAAAAUAAGAAAGAUAGCAAAAGUCCUAUAUACGAGGUUACAAAAUGUGUGAUGGAAAUAAUGGCCGCCUAGAACAGGCUUUUGUUAAGGUUCCUUUGCACCUAGCUAGAGAUGCUACUGAUAGGAUGAAGCUGCUAAUGCCCAUCUAUUUUCUAAAUGAAGAAGAAAAGAUUCAUUUUUAACCUGGGUCUGAUCCAGGGCCAGCUGAAUCCCGUGGGGAUUUUUCCAUGGAUGCAGUGGUCGUUGGCUUCGGUCUCUGUUCUCGCAAUGAAAGCUGGCUAAGUAACGUUGCUUUAUUUCUUGGGCUGAUACUCUUGUAUUGGGCGACUCCAGCCAUAACAACGUCAGCCCUGCUCCCUCCACGGAUAUAGUGUGUGCUUCACUGCGAGGGAAUGUCACCUACCCGUUUACCCAUCUUAAACAUGACGCCGCACGUGCUUCAUAUCCUGUUGUUCACUGACCUAAUUUAAGUGUAUGCAUUUGCCUUGCAGAAACGGUGCAGCAGGUUUUUUUGCCAUUGUUGGUGUGAUGCUUUCUCCCUACAGCCAUAGGAUGGUCCUAGGGCUGAGAGGAAGGAGAAGCAGGUUUGAAGCAGCUGGGUAGCCUCCCUUCAGGGUGCAUCAUGGAACGGCUGCAGUGGGGCAUCAGAGGGCAUCAGAGCAGCCAAAAGUUUUGCUGAGAGAUAAGACAUCAAUGGGAAUGUUUGAAGUGAUGAGGAAACAGCCUACUUUUGCUGAAAGGGAUAUGGAUGUGGGUCAUGGAUCCAGAAGCCUGAAGGUGAAAAUAAGCAUUUACAGAAUUGUUACUGAAAAUCUGUUUUUGUAACGCACUGGUUUCGAUUCAAUUAAACAUCACUAUGUCAACAAGCGACAACCGUUUCUCUGGAUUUGGGGGGACUUCUGUGCGACUGUUGCGUAGCUGGGGUCAGUGACAAAAUCUGAGAACUGCAAACCCUUCCGGGAAGCUGCAAAACAGCUGCUGUCCUCUUGCUAGUAGUGGUGCUGUUCAGAAGUUAUGAUCAUUUAUUUCAUAUGUUCAUAACACUGAAUCAUUCCUGAGAUUUUAAUGAGGUUAAGUGCUUGCUCUUUGCUUGUUAGUUCUUACAUUGUCAUUUGGUUAAUAAGCCCCUGCUAUUCAAUAAGAAAUAAUCAUAAGGCAUGUUUGGUUUUUAUUUUAUGGGUGAUUUUUUAAGGAAACCUUUUCAAUUAUUACAAAGAAGUAUGCACAUUGCAUUUUUAAGGCAGUGGAGGACUUGUUCAUGUUUGAUAGGAGCUUCCUCUAGAAUAAUCUCCCAUUUAUUUCACUUGGGUUAUUCAUGGAAUAGAUGCUGUUCAAAGGAAGAGUGGAAAAGUCUGCUGUAUAUCUCUUCUUCAAAUGUCUCCCUUCUAACGUACAGGGUUGGGUUUUUUUCAUUCACUGGAAGUUAGGAUACUUGGUUAGUCAACAAUGAAAUAUUUAGUCAGUUGUUACUCUACCACAGGACUUAAUAAAUUAAAAAUUUAACCAUCCCUGCAUUUUUAGGGUUGCAAUGAAAUGCCCCACUCAGCUUCAAGGGCUAGAGCGUGAGUUGAUUUGUAUUCCAUUUGGUGAAGUGUCGGCUAUGAUGACGACACACCACUUCACGUAGAGAGUAAAGCAGAAUAUUCAAAGAGAAAUGUCGAUGUGUUAUAUGUAUGAUGCAGGAAGUUACUCCUCAGUAUGUCUCAGUGCUUAAGCAUUCAUGAUAGCCAAUGCAAAAUGAAAAAGUAUGUCUGGUUUUGGGAGGCUGUUAGCAUUUUGGGAGGGAGAGAAGGCAUCAUGUAGCUGUAGACAGUGAGUGCUUCUGGCAGUUGCUCCAUGCAGCCACGCUCAUGGCUACUAUUAAGAGACCUCGGCUGCUCAAAAUUCACAUCUAAAUCCAGUCUCACAGAUUUCCUCAAAUUUUUCCUUUGGAAAAAUGUGGGUACAGCAAAAUCAUCAUUUCUUGCGGAAACCUUUACUUUCUGAAACUUUCAAAGUCUUCAAUUUCCUGCAACUAUUCUGUUUUGGACAAUUAAAUAUUUUUGUCUGCAGGACAAGACUAGGCAGAGCAGAUAAGGAUCUUCCUUAGCGUGCGUGUAAGUGUGCACUCACGUGUCUUCCUUUUGAUCGUGCAUUUCCUUAUAGACCUGUUAAUGUUCAUAUCAUCUGUUACCUUUCUAUGAAAUACUUGUUUCAAUACAUGGUAAUUCAGUAGUGAAAAAAGAAAAAUGCCCAGCUUACUGUAAUGACUGGUUGCCUUUGUAGAUCAAGCCAUUUUUAUCUGAGCCUUUAAAUAUAAGUAAUGACCUGGUAAUUAAGCAAGGCAAACAGCUUCCAUUUCAGAGGCAUUCCUUUAAACAAACUGCCUGUGAACAAACAUUAAUCCUUCAUGAUCAAUGUUCUUCUCCUAGUUAUUAAUUUUACACUAGGAUGCAGUGCAAACAUUACCACCUCUUUCCAGACAGUUCUCAGUUCUCUCUUCCAGAGAGUUUUGGUGACGUAGCAAAUAUGUCAGUGAUUACUGGAUUCAGCCUCGUUAUUGAUAAGUUGGUGAAUAUCCUUUUUAACUCAAAAGAUUGUCUCCAAACUGUUUUCACAUGCAUGGCGGCAGUUUUGCUGCUGGGAAUUCUGUAUCCACAUUGGGGAGAGGGACUUGUUCACCUCUCAUCCCCGCAGCCCCACCUUGACACUGCCAGGGCUAACCAGCAUGGGGUGGUGACAACUUGCACGGGUAAAAUGACCCCAGAGGGGUGGUUGGGACUUGGAACCCUUCACAGGAGGCAUUUAGGGUGGGCACGAUGUGAAAACUGUCUUUUGGUGGUGUAUAAGCUGCUUUCCUCCCAGCUGAGCUUCCAGAUCAGGAGAGGGUGAGGCUGUGCGAGUUGCUAGCCGGGGAAUGACGGGUGUCCGUUUUCCAGCGCCAUCAGCCCUUCGGCCUUCAGCGCACAUGGUCCUUGACAGGAGAAUACACGGGGUUAUGAAAGAAGGAAGAAAGGCCCUCAUGAAGCCACAUAUUUUGCUGACUAAAGAGUAAAAGUAUUUUUUCAGGAGAAAAAAAUAUAUGUGAUGUAUUUACCUUUGAGAAGAGAUGAUGUAUUUUGAAGCUUUUUUUGCUUAUCUUCAUGAUAACGUGCUAUGAACAUAUGCAUUAUGGUUUACUCUGUUACUGAUUUUUUGAUAUAAAAAAAUCGUAUUGCAAGCAUUAUCGUUGUUAAUCUAAAAAAAUACCCUGAGGCUAUUAUAUAUUUGAAUUUUAACUUACAAAGUAGAUAGCCAGAUUUAAGCAAUUUGUUUUCACAGCUGCAGACUGUCCACGUGGUAAGCUGCAAAAUGUAUAGUGUUCUAUACUACGCCCAUCUAAUUUUGGAAAAUGUAUGUGAUAUGGAGCUGGGUGCUACAUUAAAAUAAAAGCGUCCAAUAACUUCA